UCUACUGUUGCGCUGAUUCUACUCAUUUACGGUACAUUUGUUGGCGACGGAAACUCGCACAAUAAGCAUGACAUAUCUCCUAAAAUCAGGAAGGUACAAGAAACAAAUCCUAAAAUAGCCGUAUACGAAGAUGAAAAAUGGAUACGCGCGGGGAAACCAUAAAGUGAGCAGACCGAUGGACUUGGUCAGAACUGUUUUGGUGACUGGUGGUUCUGGAUUUAUUGGGUCUCACCUUGUGUGUUCCCUGGUGCAAAGGCAUCCCGAAUGGAAAAUUUAUAACUUGGAUAACUUGGAUUACUGCUGCAGCCCAAGGAGUCUGGAGAGCAUUGAAAACAGAGCAAAUUACACUUUUAUCAAGGGGGAUAUCUGUAACUCCCAGCUGGUCAACCACAUCUUCAACACAGAAAAUAUUGAUGUGGUCUUUCACUUGGCUGCCAAAACCCACGUUGAUUCAUCAUUCAAAAGCCCAUCUACAUUCCAGCAUGUAAACACUGAGGGAACCAGAGUUUUGCUGGCGGCUGCUAGCCAGACCUGCCAUCAGCUUCACCGCUUCAUCUAUGCUAGCACCGAUGAAGUGUACGGAUCUAGUCUGGAUGAGGUGUUUGAUGAAAACUGUCCUAUGAGGCCUUCCAACCCAUAUGCUGCCUCAAAGGCAGCUGCAGAGUGCCUGGUUAAGUUGUACUGGGACAAAUAUAAGCUUCCUAUCAUCAUCACCAGGAGUAACAACAUCUAUGGUCCACAGCAAUACACUGAGAAGGUUAUCCCCAAGUUUAUCACCCUUUUGCAAAAGAACAAGAAAUGUACCAUUCAGGGAACCAUCCCCAAAUCUCGCAAUUUCCUGUUCAUCGAUGAUGCAGUCAAUGCUUUCCUCCUGCUUUUGGAAAAAGGAACUGUGGGAGAAGUUUACAACAUGGGGUCAAACUGUGAGAUCGGCAUAGUGCCACUAGCCAGGGAACUCAUAAAGAUGGUACAGAACGUGCCAGAUGAUGAGCUGAACGUCUGGCUUGAGUUUGUGCCUGACAGACCAAAGGUCGACAUCCGUUACCCCAUCAACAGUGAGAAGCUGCAGAUGUUGGGCUGGAAGGCCGAGGUUUCCUGGAGUGAUGGCAUCAAACAGACUGUCAAAUGGUAUCAGGACCACACAGACUUUUGGUCAGACACAUCAGAUGGCCCAAAAACAAUUGAAAGUGGGUUUGAAACUGCUUUCUAAAUAUGUAGGUUAUUUAAAUAUAUUGCCUUUACUGUAGCAUUAUUGGGCCAACAAGCAGUUGACCAAAGCAUCUUGAAGUAAACUUGAAUGUACUUUUUCCCAGGGGGACACAGACAUGUAGUCUUAUUUUUGUAUCGACUUCAUCUACUUUUACUUGUUUCCCCCAAAGCAAACAAUGUAUAUUGAAAGUGCCAUGUAAAUAGUUAAGUUUAAAGAAACAUUGUGGUUUAGUAAUUUCCACUGGAGGGGUACAUGCAGUAAAAUUUAAAUGUAGAUCAAAAAAAAAAAAACAGUUUAAAGUAUGGCAUGAUAUAAUUUGAAGUUUCUCAACCUUUGAAUUCUUUUGUAGAUUUUUUUUUUUUUUUUUUAAACUUUGCAAUGGUACAGUUCAUUACAUUAGGGCUUGUCCCUGCAUUGUAGUUUUGAGAAAAUAGUUUUUGCAGUUUUUUAACUUGAGCAGAGGUUAAACAAUUUUUUUUAUGGUUUUGUGGAGCACAAAAACUUUGUGCUCCACCUCUUUAGGAGGAUCAAUGUUAUUCAAUGAUGAGUUGCUUGCUAAUGUUGAGAUAAAAGGACUUCCCAAAGGGAUGCUCAAGACUGUUGCUCUUGACAUUGUUGUGAAGAAAACUUUAAAGUGUUUUUUAAUGUACAUCUUGGGUUCAGCAUUACAAUGAUAGGUUGCUUCAUUUCAUUUUCUCAAACUCAAAAUACUAGUUUAAUGGGUGAUUGUUUUCACGUUAGUUUGCUAAUGCUAAAUAUAAUGUAUUUAGUUGUGCAUGCGUUAAGAGUACAGUACAAUUACGUAAACUACUAGGUAUUCUCUAUGGGGUUCAGGUCAGGAGAGUUGGCAGGCCAAUUGAGCACAGUAAUGCCAUGGUAAUGCCAUGGUCGGUAAACCAUUUACCAGUGGUUUUGGCAGUGUGAGCAGGUGCCAGGUCGUGCUGAAAAAUAAAAUCUUCAUCUCCAUAAAGCUUUUCAGCAGAUGGAAGAUGAAGUGCUCCAAAAUCUCCUAGCUGCAUUGACCCUGCCCUUGAUAAAACACAGUAGACCAACACCAGCAGCUGACAUUGCACCCCAGACCAUCACUGACUGUGGGUACUUGACUCUGAACUUCAGGCAUUUUUGGUAUUUCCUUCUCCCCAGUCUUCCUCCGAAUGACAUGCAUAAUUUGCUUUAAUCUGAAAAAAGUACUUUGGACCACUGAGCAACAGUCCAGUGCUGCUUCUCUGUAGCCCAAGUCAGGCGCUUCUUCCGCUGUUUCAGGUUCAAAAGUGGCUUGACCUGGGGAAUGCGGCACCUGUAGCCCAUUACCAGUAAGCGCGUGUGCACGGUGGCUCUGGAUGUUUCUACUCCAGACCCAGUCCACUGUUUCUGCAGGUCCCCCAAGGUCUGGUAUCGGCCCUUCUCCACAAUCUUUCUCAGGGUGCGGUCACCUCUUCUGGUUGUGCAGCAUUUACUGCCACACUUUUUCCUUCCCACAGAGAUGCCUUGAUACAGCACUCUGGGAACAGCCCAUUCGCUCAGAAAUUUCUUUCUGUGUAUUAGCCUCUUGCUUGAGGGUGUCAAUGAUGGCAUUCUGGACAGCAGUCAGGUCGGCAGUCUUGCCCAUGAUUGCGGUUUUGAGUAAUGAACCAGGCUGGAGUUUUUAAAAGCUUCAGAAAUCUUUCGCAGGGGUUUUGAGUUAAUUCGUUGAUUCAGAUGAUUAGGUUAGUAGCUUCUUUAGAGUACCUUUUCAUGAUAUGCCAUUUUUUUUAAGAUAGGGAUUUUGUUUUUGCCAAAAUCAUCAAUAUUAAAACAAUAAAAGGCUUGAACUACUCCAGUUGUGUGUAAUGAAUCUAAAAUAUAUGAAAGUCUAAUGUUUAUCAGUAUAUUACAGAAAAUAAUAAACUUUAUCAGAAUAUGCUAUUUUUUUGAGAAGGACCAGUAUACCUGCAACUCAAAAUUUAACCACUUGAGUGAUGGGUUCUCUCAAGCCCCUAAAGACAAGUAACAGAGGCAGGAUAAUUUUGCAAAUCCAAACUUUUAAUUGUGGUAAAAUCACAAUGGAUGCACAAUAUUAUUUUUCCUUAAUGUAGUGCUCCUCUUCGUGCACAACUGCUAAACUAAUACAUAAAGCAAAUACUAACUAGCAGGCUGGUGGCCCCGUGUGUCAACGCUGAACUGUCUGGCCAGUCAAUGACUACGUCAGGCUUUGUGCACUUGGGAGUAUAAUAUACAUCUUUGAAAUCGCCUUAUGAAAUCAAACCGAAAAGGGCUUGUCGCCAUGUCACCUCAAUCUGCCAGAUUGCCUUUGACAAACAACGUAAAGGAGCAUUCAACUUACAUUUCCAAAUUUGGAAUACAACAGGCUACGCAUCUUAACAUGCGCCACCUAUGUGACCCCAUUGCAUUCUGGACCACGGAGGCAGAAGAGCUACACAUGGCAAACUAGUGUAGCCAAAUCAAAUCCACAUCUUUUGCUCAUUUCCUGACUGGCCGGACGCUCAGCAAAGAGCGCAUGAGCACACUGUGCCUGAAAAUAUGCCGAUCACAACAACAUAGCAAUAGAACCACAGUUACUUCUGUGUUAUAGACUUUAAACAUCCCCACUUGGUAGACAAUCACACGAAGGGUAUUAACAGGAAGGAAAAGUGUCAAAACAUAUGAACAACCAAAAAAAAAAAAAAAAAAAAAAAAACCUGACUUGGAGCGAAUCUGGACAUGUUUGUACUGCAUGUUUGUUUUUUCUUUUUCUAUUUUUUUCUACAAAAUGGUUUUUGAUUCUUACAAUUUAAUCCAAACCUUGGCAUAUUCGGUAGAAUAGUCUCAAAUUAUGAUUUGUUUUUUUUGGGGGGAGCCAAUUGGAAAUGGCUGCAAAUGGUGUAUUAUUAUCAUCAUCAUGAUUGGGAUCGGCACCUGUUGUAUAAACAGGUUGGUGGAUCUGAUACUGAGUCCAAUGAGACUUUCAAGGUAAUCGGUUUCUCUCCGUACGUCAUAUUGGCUGGAAAGCCGCUAACUGCAGAUGCUGUGUGAGGUCGAAUUGUUUGGUAAAAGUGUGCCACGACAGCUCAUGACGUAUUUAGAGAAACUCCAUUACGCCGUUAUUAAAAAGCUCACACUACCCCAGAAAAAUAUAAAUUUUCACUCAUACCAAUGACAUUCAACAUUCAUGUGCCAGUGUUUUUGUUCACUGUCUUUUGGUCAAGUCACUUGUUUAAACAUUUGCACUAGGCUUAUAAAAAUAAAUAUUUCUCAAAAAUGUUUGAUAAAUUACACAAACUAGCAAACUCGAGAACUUUGGGUGCAAACAGCUGGAUCUUGCCGUUGCUCUGAACUACGACGCAAGCCGAUCCCCGCGUACAACUGGAACGCCCCUUUACUCACACACACAAACACACGCACACGCAUUGUUUAUAUCACUACAGAGGAGUCGUUUUUGGCAAGUACAAACACUCACUCGUGUGUACCUCUUGCGAGGCGUUAGAGGACCCGUGCUACAGAAGACAUUUUAAGUACUUUUUGUAAAAACUAGAAUUUUCAGUCUGACUACAAACAAAAGGCCUGUUGGCCGCAGCAAAGGGAGCAUAGCACCAUUAAAUUGUUCCACUACACCACACCUCUCAGUCUUAAGAGUCUGAUAAGUUAUCGCAGAAGCGCUUAAUUGUCUGCCAUGGCGGUAUGAUCCGUACAACCAACUUCUUGGUAACACAUUAGGAAGUGUAACCAAUAUCACUUUUAUUAGGACUAGCAGUCUUGAAUUUAAGGCAUCGGAAGGUAAAAUGACUUACUAUGGAGGCUAUGCGUGACGUACCGUGCUUGACCACCAAAUGGCAACGACAGACCCAGAAAACGCAGAAAAACCCACAGCUGUGCUAGACACUGUGCAAUUAGAGCUAAAUGCUAAAAUCAGCAGGCUAACCUGUUCGUUAUAAACGUUAGGUUGCAGGUUUUGACAUUUACAAGCAGCUUACGUGAUCUACAAGGUAUAACUGUGUGUGAGAACAACUAAUACACGCCGUAUGGAAGAAUUUCAAGGCACCGAGCACGUCAGAGUUAAUGACAGCAAAGUGCAUGCAAACCACAAAAAGGAGUAAAUUGGGAGUGGGUGUUUAUGUCACAGACAACCUUGCAGGAAAAUAGAAGGAGAAUUAAGUUGUCGACCGAUUGUCAUUUGCAACCCCACUGUGUGCUAGGCGUCAAGAGUGCAUCACUCACAUCUCAUGACAGCUUGAGAUGCCUGCACACAACACAGUUGGGGUCAAAAUGCUUCUCUGUAAUUUCCCUUGCAACUUACAACCACGUAAAAAAAAUUUUAAAAAUAAAAACUAUGGCAGAAUCAGUCUGUAAACCUCACUGCAAGACUUAGUUAUUAUAGGGACAACAAGAUUGACUGGGAUUUUUUAUGAUGUUUGUAAACUGUCACAGUGAACCUAAACUAUAUGCUGCUUUAAGGGGCUUUUUACUACAACGACUGACCUCCAAACAAAGUAACUGAACAAUACCUCCUAGUGUAACACUGCCCCCCCCCCCCAAAAAAGUGAAAAGACAGAAGAAGAAGAAAAAAAAACAGCAUAACUUAAAAACCUGCUAUAGAUUUGCAAGUCUAAAUUGCUUGACCAAAAAAACACAACAACACUUGCAUAUGUCCUAUUGUCUUAGCCCACAAAGCCAGUAGGCAAUUUCAAGAAAUCUAUCUGAAUCAAAUUGUCCACUGGACUCGGCUCUCAAGAUGUCGAGUCCAGCAUAGCGUGACCAAGCAUUAUUUUCACUUGACAACUUUCAACUAUUUACAUGUUAUCUACAUGUUAAUUUAAGAUCUCCAUGUACAUAAAAUUAAUUCACACCCUGAUUUUUGACCUUGCACUUGUCUGAAUGAAAGGUUUAUUAAACAUCGCCUGGUUCCACAGCAGGGCCCUGUGCAAAUGUAGCAAGUCCUCAUUUUGCUGCAUUGCAGGCUACUCAUAAUAUGAAUGUGGCCCAUUACAAUGAUCAUUGUCAUGUUUUUAGAAACCAAUUGAGCCGAACUCAAACCUUCAAAAAAUAAACAACAGCAUUCCCCAGUUUGUCUUAGUCCCCUAGACGCUUCUGCUGCCCUGCUGGGAAACACUUAGGCCCGAUGUAUGCAUUCAUCCUGACCGCGACUAAUCCAAAAACACUCAAAGAAGUACUGGAAUGAUUUUUUUUCUUUUUUUAAAGAGAAAACUCUUCAUGUGACUCUCCAGGAUAGAGUGAGCAGGGAAUUUUGGAUCUCUGAGUCUUUAGUUGUGUUUCCCCUUGAAGGACGCUUUUGACCAAAAAGGGCUUCAAAGGUUUUUGGGUGGAGUCACGUUCCCAAGAGCAUACUGACCAAAAGUGGCGCAACAGAUACAGGGCACUGAUAGACACAAUUUUAUAAUACAGCGGAAGUAAGGUAACUAUUUCAUUUAAAACAAAUGACAUCCUAAAGGUUUGAUGUACUUAAGUUUAGCCGCUGCACUCCUAAAUCCGAUCCUCCCCUUAGUGUCAUUGGCCCAGUUACUGAAAUACCAGCUUUUGACGACCAUGCGAGGAAUUUCUUGACUCCAAGCUCAAAGCAGAGCUGCAGAAUUCAUGUCUGAUUUCUAGAAGCAAGAAGCCCACUAUAAGAGGGAUGAUGCUAUUAGAAACCGGAAUAGAUACUGAGGAAUCACGUUUGAGUUUCCUCAUAGCAGCUUCACAUAGUUUAGUUUUGUUUAGUUUUGUUUGCCAAGGUUUGAUUUAGUUCAAGUCUAGCUUGUUUCCUUCCAAAGAGAAAUCAAGAUAACAAACCCAUACAUGACAUAAAAAUAAAUGUUAUUUACAGAAAUUAACGCCAAUGCUCAAAUUCUUGAAGGCACAGUACAGAAACAAAUGAUCUGACUUUGCUGUUAUUUUUGCCAAGUAAAGCACAAGUCCUAUGAUUCUGUUUGCUAACAUUUCGAAUGAUGGACAACGAUGCUUGCAAGCAUUUAAUUUCAAUCCCGGGAUUUCCUAAGUGUCCUCAGACAUCUAAGAUACCUGUAUAUCUGCACUUCAAUUAAAAGAAAUUGUUAAAAAAAAUAAGAGCUAAAGUCAUGGCCUCUCUCAACGACUGAGGCCUAAGCCAGUUCCUAUGUUUGAAUUUGUUUCAUGUCUCAGUGCUGUGUUUUUUUACUCUUACGGUGGACAUGCAUUAAACACAUAGACACAUGGGAGGGGAGAAGCUCACAGUGAGCCCGCAGAACAAAACAUAAUGAAUCAAAGAUUCAAAAAUGAAAAGUGAUACAAAGUAUGCAAUCGACAACAGGAAAUGCAAAAUAACAAAAUUGGAAGAAUCCAUUCGCCAUGUAGUCCGUUGUGAGAUUUUACUAUAAAAUAAAAUUCGAGUUCACUGUCCAGGGAUUUUGUGGGGGUGUUGUAUAAUGAGUAUAUUUAUAUAGCAUGCACAUAGGUUCUAAAUGUUGACUACAGCGGCAGAUGGGGUGAAGACAACAGAGCUGAGAAAGGAAGAAAGCUGAGUGGGGAGGGGACAAAAUAUGUGUGAGCGAGAGGAAGGGAAAGAGAAAAAAAAUGAA